AAGUUAUUAAAAUGACAUUGAUGAAUUGUAAAUUAUAACAUCAACAUGAAAUUUGAAAGAGUUAAGAAGUGUAUAUAGAAUCAUACACUAAUAUUUGAACAAAAAAUGUCUGGGCAAAAAAAGAAAGCAUUGUUUAUUUGUUUAGGAAAUAUAUGCCGAUCGCCGAUAGCUGAAGGUGUGUUUCGUAAAAUUGCCGACGAUACAUGGGAAAUAGACAGUGCAGCCAUUGGCGGCUGGCACAUCGGUAAUCCGCCGGACUGGAGGGCUUUAGAUACUAUGAAGAAACAUGAUGUACCAUAUAAUAAUUGUGCCAGGCAGAUAUCUACGAAAGACUUCAAUGAAUAUGACUUUAUAUUUGGUAUGGACGAAGAGAACAUGAGAGAUCUAAACAGGAAGGCUCCUAAAGGAUCGAAGGCAAAGCUGUUUCUGUUCGGAGAUUUUGAUCCCGAAGGAGACAGAAUUAUACGAGACCCGUAUUAUGACAGCGACUCUAAAGGGUUUGAGAAGUGUUACGAGCAAUGCGUCCGCUGCUCCCAUGGUUUCUUAGAGCAGUUGGCUCAAGGGAAAAUAAAAUAAUACUCUAAUGUAUAUUAUAUAAAACAGUAGUUUAUUAAA